GUCUCUCCGGUGGAAAGCAGAGUCGUGAGGCGGGCCAGGGUGGAUGUGGGCCGGGCAUGAUGACAGCAUCCUCCGCUGCUCCUCCACACCUGACCGACUCGCGGACGAUGGAGCUCCGGCGCCUUGUCGUCACCCUCUCCCCGAAACAACAGCCAUGAUUCGCCCCGGAAUCCUGUGCGUUUAGUGGAUCUGGACGCUGAUCUCGGCGCUCUUUUGUUGUUUUCCUGGAGGAAGCGGCGAGCGGGACCGAAGCUGCUGCGUCGCUGUGAAGCGCCACCAAUGGAAGUGAGCGUCGCCCCAGAAUCCCCCUCGAGCUCCGGACCCGGCUCCAGAUUCUCUUUGAAAUGAACCGUUGGAGACUUCACAUCCACAAGUGGCAACGCUGAGCAGGUUGUAUUGCAGCAAACAAAUGGUCCGAUCAAUAGCUUCAGACCAGAGUCGACCAUAGGGACGCAAUCAGUUACACACUUACCCAGCUAACGCACACAUAUCAUGGCUCUGGAGAACUCCGUCCUCCCCUCCCGCCCGGACUCCCUCUCGCUUCCCGUGGACGAGAAGGCAGACGGCGGCGAGGUGCCCGCCGACACCACGGCCUCCACCGGGGUCUUCAACGUGUCCGAGGAGCUGGGCCACGUCGUCACCACUGACUCUGCGUCGUUUCCUCCGGUGCCGGCGAAGAUCAGUCGCUCGUUUCAGGCCAAGCUGGCGGAGCGUGAAGCCAACGCCAACCUGACCAGGAAGAAGACCCAGGGAGCGGAGAAGGAGCGGGGGCGCUUUGGAUGGGCUCGUGCUCGGCGUAAGAGGCAGCGAUAUGUGGAGAAGAACGGACGCUGCAACGUGCAGCACGGCAACAUGCGGGAGACGUACCGCUACCUGACCGACAUCUUUACAACGCUGGUGGACCUGAAUUGGCGCUGCUCGCUUUUUGUUUUCGUCAUGGCUUAUGCUGUCACAUGGCUGUUCUUCGGCGCCAUCUGGUACCUCAUAGCUUACUGCAGGGGUGAUCUGGACCAUCUGGAGGACCCGGACUGGACACCGUGUGUCAGCAAUGUCAACGGCUUCAUCUCGGCCUUCCUGUUCUCCAUUGAGACGGAGACGACGAUUGGCUACGGCCACCGAGUCAUCACCGAUCAGUGUCCAGUCGGCACCAUGCUGCUGCUGCUGCAGGCGAUACUGGGGUCGAUGGUCAAUGCCUUCAUGGUCGGCUGCAUGUUCGUGAAGAUAUCGCAGCCCAACAAGCGGGCCGAGACGCUGGUCUUCUCCAAACACGCCGUCAUCUCUCUGAGGGACGACAAGCUGUGUCUGAUGUUCCGGGUGGGUGACCUGCGGAGCUCCCAUAUAGUCGGGGCCAACAUGAGGGCCAAACUCAUCAAGUCCAAACAGACGCAGGAAGGCGAGUUCAUCCCACUGGACCAGACUGACAUCAGUGUGGGCUUCGAGACGGGCGACGACCGCCUCUUCCUGGUCUCGCCGCUGGUGAUCUCCCAUGAGAUCGACGCGGGCUCGCCUUUCUGGGACAUGUCGCAGUCCCAACUGGAGAAGGAGGACUUUGAGAUCGUGGUCAUCUUGGAGGGAAUGGUGGAGGCCACUGGAAUGACUUGUCAAGCCAGGAGCUCCUACCUGGCUGAGGAAGUGAUGUGGGGUCACAGGUUCAGCCCGAUGAUGUCACUGGCCGAGGGUUUUUUCGACGUCGACUAUGGAGCCUUCCAUCACACAUUUGAGGUGGACACGCCGUCCUGCUCGGCGCGAGAGCUCUCGCUGGCGGCGGCGAGGCUAGACGCGCACCUCUACUGGUCCAUCUCCAGCCGGCUGGACGAGGAGCCCACGCUGACCAACCCGCCGGCCAAGCAGCUGGACAGCAGCUCCACCAACAGCACCAGGGAACCCACCUUCAUCCUGGGAGAGAUGACGGACAUCCAGGAACAAUCAGGACUCGGCGAGCUGAACGGCAGCGUCGCCACCGACCAAUCAGAAACAGAGGCCUAGAACCAAGAAUGUUUACAAAGACCUUCAGUGUAUCCCGAUGUGUAGAGUUUAUUUUCCAGCGUAGUUUGAGUUCGACCGUAAAAGCCAUAUCUUGUGUUGCCAUUUCAGGAAUGUUCUUGUCGGGGAGGAAUUCUCGCCUGGGAAAAGUGGGCGAUCCCCCACAUGUCUGGUUUGGUUCAGAGGGUUUCGAUCGCAGUGGCGGCGAGCCUACCUCAACCUCAAUCUCAUUGGAGGAUCAUGGAAUGCCCAUGUACCUGACAGGCUGAGCAGUUUCUCAAGAAUCAGACCAGGAUGCCCCACACUCCUCCUCCCACAGUGCUGCCUCGGAACCCCAGAUCCCAACCAACCCUUCUCUCUGGCUGCUGAGCCUUUUCAUCCUGGACAGACGUCUCUCCUUGGUCCACCCCUCUCUCUUUCUCUGUCAGAGCUAAUAUCCCUGCCGCUCUAUGCCUCCGCUAUGUUCCUGAAAACCUCCAAAUCCAAAGCAGAGGUGGAAGCCAAGGGGCGUAUCUGAAGGGGCUCUGAGGUGAGAGUAGUGGCAAUACAGUUGGUAGCUUUGUACUGAAGUUGAGAGCAACAGAAGUAGCCUUGACCAGUUUCAUAACUUGUUUUCUCAGCUUGAUCGUACUUCAGGCUUCAUUGUAACCUCUUCCACAACUCGCUGCAAUAAACAUGUUGAGCGACUAGCUAGCCGCGCAUGUAGUCGCCGUUCAUGUUUUGGCAAUGUGACAGAAGACUGCGGAAGUCACUGGGAGAACGGUCUCCGUAGUGGUCAAAGUAUACGAACAGGAAGCCAUUUUCUUGUUUAUCUCAAGAGAGGAACACUGGCUUUGGCGAGGUGAAACCCCCCCAAAUCGCCCCAAAACCAUGUGUGAAAUGAGGCCCUUGUGUGGGAAGGCGGAGCUAAGAGAUACAGGAAAGACUUAAAGCUUAGAAAUGGACUGGAAACAACAGCUGCUUUAGUAAGGCUUUUAUUUUGGGGGGUGAGGGGAAGAUGGUUGACACCUCACGAUCCAUCACAUGAUGAUAUAUUCCGUUCAUGUCUGGUGUUUGUUAACUCUCUCACCCUCUGCCUAUAUCAACAUUGAAAUAGAACUAUGCUUUAGCUGAGUCAACCACGCCCAGUUGACCAAUACUCGCGGAUCAGACGAUUGUGUUGGAGACCCGACCAUGUAUUUUGCGCAUGAAUAUCACGAGAUAACUUGAAUAGUCGGAGCCUUAUGUUUAUUCGAGGAUUGUUGUACGACUUUAAUUUCUCAGGGGUGAAUUUGGGGCGACCUGAAAUGUCAAUGUGGAAAUGUUAUUCACUCCCGGGGUCACUCUGCUGCAGCAGUUUAUUUCUCCCUUGCAAUGCAUUUGUAAAGAAAAGCUCCUCUCAAAUGUCGGACUGAAAAAUGUCUUCUCAAAUAUGUUUCUUGUUCAGCGCUUGCAUAAAAGAUCUGAAAAUGUCGACUAGAAUUGUCCUUUCUAUAGCCUUAAAUCUGCACCCCCUAUUUUUGCUAAAUAAGUUUCUUAAUAACUGAAACACAUACCUUAAUACUUCGAUCAAAACAAGCAUUUCAGCAGCACAUUCCUCCACAAAUGUGCGUCUUCAGAUGUUAUACAACAAUAUAAUUAUCUCUAUAACUUCCAUUCAUUCUGUUUGCUUUUCCUCUUCUUUGCUUGUCAUCGUGUACUUGACAGAAAAAAGGUUACAAUCCCGCUGAAACACCGUGCUGCUGAUGUGAAGCAAUACACCGUACUGGCCACAGGGGGAGCACUGCAGCAACACCGAGUCAGCGCACUCGCCUGAAGUUUGCUGAGGGACACACACACACACACCGCGGUCAUCCAACGAAGAGUGUAGCGCAGGGAUUUGUCGUGUGUUUCGUCUCCGCCGAGUAGAAAUUAAAAGCACAACAAUGUCGUUCCAGUCCAAACUCCUGCUUCUGCUGCUUUGUAGAGACGUUUUCAUUUUUACUUGAUGUUUUUAAUAUUUAAUAGU